AUGCAGAAGCAAAUUCUCGUGAAUGGCCUGAAGGUCUGGGUUGACGACGAUGACAUCGACAAGGUCUGUGAGCUGUUCAAGGACAACGUCAUCGUUGACAAUUUUAAGGAUUGGGAAAGCACGGAGCGGAUGGAGAAGUACGAAGCGAAGGAUUUCAUCAAAAAAGCCCGCCACUACGCAUCCCUCCAGCCUCCCGACCUCGUUCAAGCGGCGGAGAAGAUUUGGUUUUCGGCUGUCUACGGUGUCAAGCAUUUGUACUUGACCGCGGGAGGUGUUGACCUGCGAUCGCAUAAUGCUCUCAAGUAUUUUUGCCGGUUCGCCCUAUAUAACUCCGGUGUACCGCUUGAUCGUUUCGACAAACUCUACGAUUGUUGGCUCACAGCCGAGAAAAUGCAUCGGGACGUCUAUGGUUCGUGCAACUUCCAUCCGAACGCAUAUGGCCCGAUUAUCGACGAGGUUGAGGCCUUUGUCGCCGAACUUACCCGCUUCGACCAGAAGGCACUUUGGACCAAAUUCGAGGAGUCCUUUAUCCACGACACCAAACCGGAGUGGAUGGAGUCCGAUGAGCGAGACUACUCCUUCCCCUUCCCUCCAUAUGCGAUUCAAAAUGACCUGAUGAACGAGAUUUUUCAAUGCAUCGAAAGAAGACAGGUCGGAAUCUUCGAAUCCCCAACGGGCACCGGGAAAUCGCUCUCUGUUCUCUGCGCGACAUUGAGCUGGCUGGAAUAUGAGAACCGACGUGUGAGGGCCGAAAUGGAGGAAGCUAUGCAGAAAGAGAAAGAGAAGAAAGGGGAGAUUGAAGCUGAUGGGUCCGAUUGGGUCAAAGCUCAUGCUCAAAAGCUGAAAGUUCAAGGUGAAGCCGAUGAAGCAUUUGCACACUUGGAAAUGUUACGUAAAAUCGACGAACGAGUCGCACGGGCAAAGCGCGGGGAAGUGAGAAAGAAUCAAAAACGAGGCCCGGGGCCACUGGAUGAGUACGAAUUUAUAAGCGAGAAAAAGGAGGCUGAGGACGAGUGUGCGCCGCCAGCGGACUACAAUUCGGAUGAUAAUUCUGGGAAAGCAGGAAAAGAAGAGGAAAAAGGAACACCAUUGAGAGUGCGAAAGAUUUUCUACGCUAGCCGCACGCAUUCGCAGCUUGACCAGCUUGUGGAUGAGCUGAUGAAAACCAGAUUCCGGCCGCGGAUCGUUACGGCAGCUUCGAGACAGCAUCUCUGCGUUAAUGAAGAGGUGCGCAAGUUGAAAAACGGCAGCCAAAUCAAUGAGAAAUGCAUGGAACUGCGGAAGAACAGCCCGAAAACGGCGGGGAAAAGAGCCAAGGACGAGGAAGGGAAGUCAAAAUGUAAGAGCUCCUGCUCCUGCCCCUACUACAAGACGCAAGCCAUUGAGGAUACGGCCAACGGGAUUUUGGCUGGACAGGAUAUUCGCUCGGUGCAAGUCUUUGAGAAGGGCCAAAAGGUUGGCGGCUGCCCCUAUUUUGCUUCCAAGGCCGCGAUACCGUUGUGUGAGAUUGUUCUCGUGCCAUAUCAGGUUGUACUCCACGAGGAAACCCGUGAAACCUGGGGAAUCGACAUGCGCGAUGAUGUGCUGGUGCUAGAUGAGGCGCACAAUGUCCUGGAUUCUAUUGCGGCAAUGAACAGCGGUGAAGUCUUGCAAGCCACACUUGCCGCUGGACUCUCUGCCGUUCGGACAUAUUUCCUUGAACGUGUCGACAAUUUUCUGAAGCGUUCAACGACCACCGAGUCUGUGCUGUCGAUUCCCGAAUUUUUUAUUCAGGCCAACCUGACAGAUAUCAACAUCUACAAGCUGGCCAGCUACAUCAAGGCAACGCUGUUGUGCCGGAAGUUGUGCCUUUUUAAUUUGAGGGAACGAAAGAAGAGCCAAGCGCUUGUGCCGAUCGCCCCAAAAAAGACGCCCCUGCAGCAGUUGAUGCGGAAGAAGGAGUCGGCCAAGGCUGGGCCAUUACAGCCCGUAGAAGCCCCAAAGCCAACUCCACCAUCCCCUCCCGUCAAUAUCUACGCCAUCGGCGCGAUGGUGACCGCGCUGACGAACAAGUGCGAGGAUGCGCGUGUCGUUGUGGUCAAGAAUGAAGGCGUUGCAAAGGUCCGCUUCAUCCUGUUCAACGCCGGCUCGAAAUUGAUGCGAACGAUCGCGGUGCCGAGGUCCACGAUCAUGAUUGGCGGUACGAUGGAGCCCUCAUCGUUCCUCGUCGAUUCCCUCGUUUCCGCCGGCCUUCCGAGUUCGCGAAUUCGUCGUUUUGCCUGCUCGCACGUCAUUGAUGACGACCAGCUCUGCGCGAUUGCAUUUGAAAAAUCAAUCGAUGGUCAGCCACUGGAGACCACUUUCAAAACGAGAGAUGAUCAAAGAACGAGCAGAUCUCUUGGGGAAUCGAUUGUUAAGCUGGUCUCGCUUGUCCCCACUGGCGUCGUGGUGUUCGUUCCAAGCUACAACUAUAUGGAAGCGUUCAUGCAGAAUUCGAGGACAAAUGGUGUGCUCGCCAAGUUGGAGCGCCUUAAGCCUGUGUUCUACGAGAAGCGCGACGCGACGACGAACGAAGUGUGGGAAAAAUAUUCUAAAGCGAUCGAAACGAGGAAGAGCGCGCUACUUUUUGCGGUCGUUGGUGGGAAGUUAUCGGAAGGUAUCAACUUUUCGAACGAUCUCUGCCGUGCCGUGAUCAUCAUCGGGCUUCCGUAUGCUAAUAAGGGAGAUGUUGAGCUGAAUGCUCGGUUGAAGUACGCGGACAGCUUGCGACCCGGCUCCGGCGCUCAACUUUACCAAUCGAUGUGUAUGCAUGCGGUUAAUCAGGCUGUUGGACGAGCCAUUCGCCAUCGUAAUGACUACUCGGCCAUCUUUUUCUUGGAUCGGAGAUACGCUUCACCAUCCGUCUCCAACCAGCUCUCCAAAUGGAUCGGUUCUCGGCUGCAGACGGGCCUCGAAUUCGCCGAGAUAACGAAAAAAGUGGAAUUGUUUUUUAAGGAUAAGCUG